UGUACAAGCCUCCAACCGAUAGCCAUUGCAAGAAAGCUCAAAUGAAACCACCAAUGGAUUCAAAGUAUAUAUCUAUAGAGGAGCUAUGGUGUGUCAAAUUACAGUUCAAAGAAGUGAAAUCAAGAAAAAUCGAUGGUAGAGGAGAUGAGUCAUCCGGCGGUAAAGCCAAAUCCGGCGGAAACGUCCAAUCCGGCGGAAACGUCCAAUCCGGCGGCAACAACCGAUACUUCGGUAAAUUUCAAUCCGGCGGUAACGUCCAAUACGGCUGUAGUAGAGGAGAUGAGUCAUCCGGCGGCAACGUCUUCCAAUCCAGAGGAAACUUCCAAUACGGCAGUAAUGUCCAAUCCGCCGGCAACGUCCAAUCCGGCUGUAACGGCCAUUCCGCCGGCAGCGUCCAAUACGGCUGUAUCCAAUCCGCCGGCAGCGUCCAAUCCGGCGGUAAAGUUCAAUCCAGCGUCGACGUCGUCCAAUUCGCUGGAAACGUCCAAUACGUCGCUAAAGUUCAAUCCGGCGGCAUUGUCCAAUUCGGCAGCAACUUCCAAUCCGGCGGUAAAGUCCAAUCUGCCGGUAACAUCCAAUACGGCGUUAAAGUUCAAUCCGGCGGUAAUGUCAUCCAAUCCGGCGUCAACGUCGUCCAAUCCGGCGGCAAUGUCGUCCAAUCCGGCGGCAACGUCUACGGCGGUAAAGUCCAAUCCGACUGCAACGUCCAAUACGGCGGUAAAGUUCAAUCCAGCGGCGACGUCCAAUCCGGCGUCAACGUUGUCCAAUCCGCCGGCAACAUCCAGUACGUCGGUAAAGUUCAAUCCCGCAGCAACGUCCAAUACGGCUAUAACGUCCAAUUCGGAGGCAAAAUCCAAUUCGGCGUCAACGUCCAAUGCGGCGUCAACUUCCAAUCCGGCGGCAAAUUCCAAUCAGGCGUCAACGUCGAAAAUUCCAACGGGAAAGUCCAAGCCGCCGAGGCCACCGAAGCCACCGAGGCCGCCGAGACCAGCGAAUAUUCCAACGGGAAAGUCCAAGACACCGGAAAAGUCGAAUCCAACAGCAAGUUCCAAGCCAUCGGCAAAGUCCAAGCCAUCUGCAAAAUCAAAUCCGACGGGAAAGUCCAGUCAUGCGAAAAAGUCCAAGGUCCCUAUCUUGAUAUUUCCUCCUGCAGCCCUUCUCGAGAGGCUCAAAGAUCACCGCCAAGUGGACGUACUUCGCUUCUGGGACGAGCUAUCUCCUGAAAAUCGCCAUCAUCUUGUCAAGGACCUCGAGAGCAUAAAUCUUCCAAGGGUAGACAGGAUCAUCCAAUUGUCACUAGAAUUUAAAGCACUUCCAAGAGUUGCUAUUGAACCUGUGACUGAAAGUAAUGUCUCGACUGUGGCAAUGAGAACCUUUGAAGACAGGGUGAAAUGGUGGAAUAUGGGUCUUAAAGCUAUAUGUGAAGGGGAGUUAGCUUUAGUGCUUCUGUCUGGUGGGCAGGGAACUCGGCUUGGAAGUUCAGAACCCAAAGGAUGCUUUCAAAUUGGACUUCACUCUAAAAAGUCAUUGUUUCAACUUCAGGCAGAAAGAAUCUUCACUGUGCAAAAUUUAGCCUCUGAAUCAGUAAAUAAUGCGAUUAUUGUGCGGAUACACUGGUAUAUAAUGACUAGCCCUUUCACUGAUGAUAAAAUCCAAGAAUUUUUUAAAUUUCAUAAAUAUUUCGGUCUUGAAGCUGAUCAAAUAACCUUCUUCCAGCAGGGUAUUUUACCAUGCUUCUCGAAAGAUGGUAAAUUCAUAAUGGAGACUCGUUACAAUGUGGCAAAAGCUCCAGAUGGAAAUGGAGCAGUUUUCAGUGCAUUGAAAUCUUCGAUACUACUUAACGAUAUGGUGAUCAGGGGGAUUAAGUAUGUAGAUUGCUAUGGGGUUGAUAAUGCACUGGUCCGAGUCGCUGACCCAACAUUCUUAGGUUAUGUUAUUGACACUGGUGCAGCUGCUGCAGCAAAAGUAGUUCGAAAGGCUUAUCCAAGAGAAGAGGUUGGUGUGUUUGUAAAAAGUGGAAGUAAAGGUACUUUAUCUGUGGUUGAUUACAGUGAAUUGGAACCAUCACUUGGAAGUGCAAUAAAUCAUGAAACUGGCCAAGGGCAACUUCUCUUUUGCUGGAGUAAUGUAUGUUUGCACAUGUUUACCCUGGCUUAUCUAGUCCAUGUAGCAGAUAAGUUUGAGAAAGAUAACAUUUAUCACCUGAUUGAAAGGAAAAUUCCUUCAAUUAAGGGACUCACAAAUGGAUACAAAGCAGAGAAGUUUGUUUUUGAUCCCUUCCCAAAUGUAUCUUCUAGCAUAGUGCUUUAUGAGGUAUUGAGAGAUGAAGAAUAUGCACCAGUAAAGAAUGCAAGUGGAUCGAAAUAUGACACGCCAGAAAGUGCUAAACGGUUAUUGAUCAGUCUACAUGCUCGUUGGGUGGUUGGUGCUGGUGGUGGCUUAUCGAUUUCAGAACCAUCUAUAUAUACCAGAGCUGUAGAAGUAUCACCACUUUGUUCAUAUGCUGGAGAGAAUCUAGCAUCUGUUUGCCGUGGAAACUCAUACUAUGGUCCUUGUGAAAUUCAGAGUUUUCCUACUUGACUUCUUUUUCAUUACUUCUCUAUUGUCUCAUCAUACAUUUCAUACAUACUUUGAGAAUAUAAUUCAAUAUACAAAGCAAGUUUGAUGUUUA